AUGGAGAACACAUUCAUUUCUGAAGAUCCUGGUUUUAUCUUACAAGAUGAUCUAUUUAGAUCAAUUGAAACCGACUUGAGUCAACCCCAGCAGGAGGAAGAAAAUAUUCUUAUUCAGCUAAGUGAUGCCUCAACGAAGCCAUUGAAGGUCCUUAAAUUAGAAUAUACAAGUGAUCUUCCGGAAUAUCCAUCUACUGAUCCUAAUGGAUAUGGGUAUGUUAUAAAUGUGCCGCCGAAUCAGCAGAGGGAAACUGUAGAGGACAUGGUUAACAGUAUUCAGUACUGUGUUCGACAAAAUUAUCGCAACCGGCCUUCCAGCCAUUCUUCAUUCCUAGGAACAUCAUAUACUAGCUCCUCUUAUAGAUGUUCUGGUAUAAAGAUCUGUGAAUAUGCCGGUAUACAACUGAAAAAUAUGCAUCACACUCAUGUUACAGAUGAUUUAUGGACAAUUUUGCAAGAUAUUCGACAGCGCAUUCAUGAGAUGGAAAGAGAUACAACCAAAGAUGCUGCAUAUAGAUUUUAUCGAUCAGCAAAAAAUCUCUUUAAAAAUCAACUAUCUUGUUAUCACUUUCAGAAUUCUUGCCAGCCUAAGUUAACCCAAAGCUCCAUUCCGAAUCCUCUAGGUGGUUUCGAUUUCUAUGUUAGAUGCAUCAAUGCACCAUCAGACCCUGCAGGUCAUUAUACCUAUAGAGUUCCAAAGAAUGGCUCAGUGCACCUUCAGUUUCUUGAGGGAUUGUUGAAUAAUGAAAUUAUUAUGGAUAUGGAAGAGUGCGGUGCUGUUGAAUCGAUCAAGUCAAAGUCACUGUAUUGUGCAUAUGAUCAUCCUCAGGGACCUGGAAAAUUAGUACAUGCUAAAUGUAAUGUGACUUUCCAUUGGUUAAUUCCCACUGAUUUAAGUCAAAAUCCAUAUUUUGUCUUUAUGUCUCAUGGUGUUCAUACACAUGUUCCUCCACCUCCACGAAAGGCACCUGCAAAAAUUAUGAAUGGAAUUCUGCAAUUGAUAAAUCAGGCUCGGAGCCCAAGCUUGACACUGGGUACAUUUCUUAAAAGUCCAGCAUUACAAUCAUUCUGUGCUGAGCAUAAUUGCCAUACAAUUCAGCAAAUUCAUGAGAGUUUCUCAAAUAUGGACCCAAUUCAAGCUGUCAUUCGAAAACAAAGACUUCUCCAUUAUCCAGCUGGUCAGAAUGUCAAUGGUGUAAUGUUCGAAUUAGGAAAGAACAAAGAUCUUCAGGAGUACAUACAUGAAGUUUAUCAACAAAAUGAUCAGAUCAUGAUAAUAUGCAUUCUGAAAGAGCAAGCUGAAUUACUUCAUACAUUAUCUUCUAUAGAGAUUGAUAUGUCAUUCAAACGAGUACAAUCAAAAGAGAUGAAGGAGGUGGUAUUUGCCACAUAUUUAGCAGAUCAGAAAAAGAUUAUGACUCUUUGUCGUGUCUUUACAACUGAAGACACUACAGAGGGCUAUUAUAUCUUAUUCAAGAAGAUCUAUCAUAUUGUGUAUAAGUUGACAGGCAAGAGGAUUACCUUUCGUGCCCUACAUGGUACUGGUCUUCAUGCUCUGGUAAUGGAUAUGGACAAUAAGCAAAUUGAAGGAUUGGCUCAGUUUCUAAUGGAGAUUGAUCCAGACCACCAUUCACGUAUAUGGCUUCUAAAGAAUGUUCUUCUUCUAUGUCGAGUUCAUUUCCUACGAGGGAUUCGUGAAACUCUUCAAACUCAUUCUCUUAAUCCAUACAUCGGGACACGCAUGGCUGCGCUUUUAGAAUGUGAGUCUGAAGAGGACUAUCAUAAAUGGUGUGAUCUGUUAAUCAAACAUGAACAUCCUGCAAUUCAGAACUGGGCUCGUCAUAAAAAGAGUGCGGUAAUUGCAGCAGGUCUCAAUAAGUAUUGUUCUCUUAUACCACAUCAUAUCUUUGAUAUGGUGCGAAAGAGUACUAAUGCUGUUGAACAAACUCAUAAUAAAUCCAAUCGUCGUGGAAAGCAAUUGACAUUGCUUCAAGCAAUUCUUGAAUCAUUGAAGCUAGAUAUACAGGACGUGCAGCAGAAUCGAAGCUAUAAUUCAUAUGGUCUUCGACACCGCUAUGCAACUCAAACUUUGGAGGCUAGCUUUCUAAGACAUAUGGCACGAUCUGAAUCAGCUCGACAAACAGAAUCUAACUCACCUGAGUUGAAUAUACAAGAUCAAGAUCAAGAUCAUAUUUUCUUUCCCUCAUCUAGUAGCGGAAGACCAUUGCAACGAACUCCAAGUCGAAGGGGGAGCAUGAGCCGGCGAGGGAGCUCUCGAGCUAGAUCAAGCUCAUCCCAAGUUAGUCUCCAACGAGUUGCUACAGCUAAUUCACAUGAGCAAUAUCAAAAUACAGAGCUACAGAACCUGGAGGAGGAAUUGAAGAUAAACAAUCUAAAGGCCGAAUUACUUGCAAAGCAGAUUGAAAUCAAGAAAAGAGAACGUGAGCUACGUGAGUUAGAGUUAGAAAAUGGAGGACAGCAUUAA